UGCAACGGUUCAACUUUUUUUAUUGCACUAACAGUAGAAUAAAUUCAUCUUCGGUAGUUCGCUGAGAAAACACCUCAUCAACAUCGAGUAUCGUGUUCGUUUUCAUGAUUGUCAAUAAGUAGAAAUCGUCGAUCGAGUUUGAUUGUUUCUGGAAUGUUUUUAAGUUCAGACUAUUAAACAUAAACUGUAACACUAUUAUUGAUUGAGAACGCUUGCCAGUAGAACAAUUAACGUAUGAAGAAGUUUCAUCUUGCAUAAACAGUUGGUUCGGUUCACUGUUCUUUAAACAAAUUCCUGGAUAAUUGUCCAUAACCCUGAGGGUUGAUCAACUCAUCGUCCAGUUGUUCCAGGGGUUAAAUACGAUUUCAGUGAAAAAGACAUUGUCUUCACUCCGAAAAUAACAUGACAAUGAAGAUAGGACUAUUGAAGAACUUCCUCCACUGCUUCAGUUUGAAGCAAGGCACAAUCCUAAUUGCAAUUUUGCAACUAUUCAUAUCUGGAAUUGUGAUGACAUUUUUCCUCCUCGCUCUGGCACAUGCGAUGGACAUUCAGGAAAUGGUAGCAAGAGAUUCUGAGGAUGCCUUGGAGCGUGAGGCCUUGGAAGAAAUGUCCUCGAUGCAUCUGAACACGAAGCGAAUGGACAUUGCUCAUCACAAUGCCACCGAGAAAGUUUACUCCAUGUACUGUGGACUCGUAAUCUCAGUGCUGCAUUUUAUCUCGACGGUUCUAUUGCUCUAUGGAGUUUUAAUUAAUCAUCGACAAUUCAUGGCCCCGUGGUUGAUGAUCAUGAUGACGACCAUAAUCACACUAAUUCUGUCUCUAUUUCUUGUCCAACAAGACUGCCCAUUUAUCGCAAUCCUUGGAGGCAAAGCAGAUAUGACUGAUCGCAUACUCGUCUUAUUUAUGGUCGGCAUAAGUCUGUACAUCUGGUUUGCCGUAUAUAGCACCUACAAGAGUCUAGAGUCUAAAAAAAAUGGUCUAAUUCAUGAAAUAGAUCCCAUAAAGAAGCAAAAAUAUGCACUAACUCCUGGUGAAGGAACCAGCAAUGGAAAAGUUCGUCUACAUCUGGGCACACAAAUUCCUUAUGAAGUUUAGGCGUUUUUGUAAUAUCAACAAUUAAGAAUUAUCGAUUACUAUUCCUUUGAUCGUUCAUCUGGCACACAACCUUGUAGAUCCAUUUUUUGUUAACUCAGCAAGAAUUUAUCCUCAAUUUUCUUAAUUAUCAACUACUAACUAAAGAGAUCACACUAUUAUCAUAACGUCAGUAAAUUAUUUUUCUCGAUGAAAAAUGCGCACGGAAUGUUAAUGAAAUGGGCGCAAUUUUUUGGAAACGAUAAUAAAUCUUUGAUACGCAGAGCAAGACUUGUAAUCGCGCACGUAGAUAUAUUUAGGAAAAUAAUAAUAUGUGUAAACAAGUGUAUCAAUGCGGAUUCGAUACUGCACAAUCAUUUAUACUAGGACAAGCAAUUUAUUCCUUAGCUUAAAUAAAGACUGGAGAAUGGUUUCUUUCAAUAUUCUGCAUGAUUACAAAGGUGUAGUUUUAAGGUUCUUGCCAUGUGAUAAAAGGAAUUUUAUAACACAUAAAUUAUGGCACUAGGAUUCGUAAUCUUUUUUAUAUUUAAAUUAUUUAUUGUUUUUAAUAGAUGUGUAUUUCUAUUGCAGAAUCUAGGCAGAAUGGCUGAUAGUUCCGUUAUUAAUUCAGUAGAUUAAAUGUAUACGAUUUGUUUAUUUAAAAGACUUAAAGUAUUUUUAUCAGAUA